AUGGCACUUCCAAAGAUCGUGUCGGGCUUCACAGUCCUUCCAGUCGCAUACCCUCAUUCAACGCAUAUCAUAUACGCAAGGGCACAUGCAUCCUCCUCAAAGUCCUCGAAACCGACCUUUCCCCCGGACAGAACGCUCUUUCUCGUCAACGUACCCGUAGAUGCUACGGAACGUGAAUCUCGGGUGAUAUUCGAUCAGAAUGAUUUGGAUGACACAGAGCUGCAGGGGGAUGCAUCGGGGAGUGGGAGUGAUGCCCCGGACUCAUCUAUGGAAGUCGACGCCGAAGAAAACGCAGAAACUCGACCUCGAAAAAAUCGCAAAGACAAAAAGAAGGAUGAACCGGCACCCCCUACUGUAGUCCCACUGCCUACUAGCCCUCAUCGCACCCUUCGCAAAACCGGCGCCGUCGCACACCUUGUCUUCCUCGAUUCGUCUUCGCUUUCAAAGGCGCUCACACCCCUACCAAAAGCACGCUCUUGGCCAUCAUCUGAAGAACUGAGAGGGUUGGCUCGCUACCGUGCUCUCUACGAUGAACAACGACCCCCUCUGGACAUCGUCAAGGCACAUGCGGACACCGCCAUGGAACUCUAUGAGUUCGAGCUCGCCAAGAGUAGACGACAGUCGGCCUAUCGCAAAGGAGAGGCGAUAGUGGACGAGGACGGUUUCACUCUGGUCACUCGUGGAGGAGCGUAUGGUAAAACGCUUGGCGGUGGCGUUGGCGUUGCCAACAAGCAGUUCCAGGCUACUGGGAAAACUGGCAGUAAAAAGAAGAAGGAAUCAAAGGAGAAAGUGUCGUUCUACGCGUUCCAAAAAGCGGAAAAACAGCGAAAAGCUAUCAUGGAUCUCAAGAAAAACUUCGAGGCAGACAAAGCCCGAAUAGAGAAAUUGAAGCAGUCCCGUCGUUUCAAGCCUUACUGA